CACCGGCCCUUUCGCCGAUUGAUUUGGCCCCAGCCCUGUGUCUGCAAGCUGCUGCACCCUUCGGCAUCCGACGGAUCCUAGCACCACAGUUGUGCCCCCAGCGGUCAAGCAUGGCAAUCUGCGGCCCCCACUGCAGCCCUGCGGCCCAACGCACAACCUGGCACCACCGCCUCCCACUGAUGGCAGCCGCCCCCGCCAGUGCGGCGGGGCGGCGGGGCGGCAGGAGCAGGCAGAUCGCAGCGGUGCUUGCACCCUUACAUGGAGCUGCCGCUGCUGGUGCAAGGGGCACAGCCGCCUUGAAGAAAGCCCGUCUGAUCACCGCCAUCAAGACUCCUUAUCUGCCCAAUGGGAAGUUCGACCUUGAAUCGUACGAUGCCAUGGUCGAGAAUCAGAUAACAAAUGGGGUGGAGGGGCUGAUUGUGGGGGGAACGACUGGCGAGGGGCAGCUGAUGUCGUGGGAUGAGCAUGUCAUGCUGAUUGCUCACACAGUGAACCAGUUUGGGCGGCAGAUCAAGGUGAUCGGCAACACAGGCAGCAACAGCACGCGAGAGGCUCUUCAUGCAACCGAGCAGGGCUUUGCUGUGGGCAUGGAUGCGGCCCUCCAGAUCAAUCCAUACUAUGGGAAGACAUCGAUGGCAGGACUCAGGGAGCACUUCAAGGCAGUGAUUGCAGAAGGUCCUGCCAUCAUUUACAAUGUGCCCAGCAGGACAGGGCAGGACAUCCAAGAUGACGUCAUCAUGUCCAUCGCAUCGCAUGAGAACUUUGUGGGCGUGAAGGAGUGCACCGGCAACCCACGGAUUGAUCACUACCACAGCAGCGGCGUGGUCUGCUGGAGCGGCAACGAUGAUGAGGCCCACGUUGGGCGUCACCAGCAUCAUGCACAGGGCGUGAUCAGUGUGACGAGCAACAUCAUCCCCGGACUGUUUGCCAACCUCAUGCAGCAGCGGGACGACGACAUGGCGGCCAGUCUGCAUGAUUUGAUUGCGUGGCUCUUCUGUGAGCCCAACCCGAUUCCGCUCAACACCGCGCUGGCAAUGUGCGGCCUCGUGAAGCCCAUCUUCCGCCUACCAUAUGUGCCACUGUCGCGGGAGCAGCGGGAGCACGGCGCAGUGCUGUUGCGCCAAGUACAGGAGCAUAUCCCUGGCUGCAAGGAGGUGCGUGUUAUGGAGGACGACGAGUUCAAGCUGAUUUACAGCUCCAGCUACUGAUUGUGGCCACAGCAAGCAGUGCCAGGACUUGAUAUCAUGUGUUCCCCUCUCGCUCGCGCUUCUCAUCCACAUGAAACUGGCCGGCAACCUCGAAGCCAGAACAUAAUGUUUGCAGCAGAAUAGAAAGUGGCAAAUGUUGCCGCCACAACAUGGCGGCGCGCAAGCAUUAGCGGGAUUAUCCCUGCAGACAAACACUGGAGUGUUGAAUUUUUGUGCGUGCGGACCCUCUCCCCCCUCCCUGCCUGGACGGGCUGCAACGGUUUGGCAACCGUGAUUACCCUUCAAGCCAUCGAGUCCCAACACAAAUCCAGCAAGGUUGGCGACCAUCAGUGCAGCAAUGUUGAUAGCAGCACCCAUUGCACAGAUGUACCGAAAACCUGCAAGCAUGGAAGAGCAUGUGUGAGUUGGCCGAGAGCACACGGGAAGGGCAUUGCAUGCCAACGCAUGUCAGCUGACACUGUGUGUGGCGCCAGUAAUCGAGACGUGGAGACUGCACAAGAUUCUUGGCCAUCAUUUCGGGGACGAAAGCCAUGCACACAAGCCAGGCCCAGCUCAGCAUCCGCCACUGUAAGAGCGAAGAG